GUCAGUCUCGUCGCGUACCGUGAACGGAGAGGAGGUUGUGUCGAUGCUGCUCAUCUUCUUUCCUCGUUCAUACCCCUCCGUCUUUUCGCGAUCUCUUUUCCAUACUCCAUACUGGUCGUGUGAUUGGAACGGUGAAGUACAAAGUUUGUGAUCGUUUUUGGUGUCGUCGAGUGCUCGGUAGUGCGCAAUAACGUGGAUUUCGGAACUUGGUGUUCUCGAAAGUUUCUCUCGUAACCGUACGAUCCGUGGAUACGUGUAAUCGCGAUACCGAGCGUGAUAGUCGGAACCGUAGCAGAAACAGGUGUUCGAAGGCUGAUCGAAAAGCGACGCCACGCGAAGGAUGGUGCGGAGGCGGGCGGGUGAAUCGUAGUGCGGCUACGCGAUGCGUCCUCGUGGCACGCGGCGUCGGUGACUCGAGUCCUCGUCUCGCCGUGAAAACAUCUCCCGUUGUAUUAUUUUUGUUUGCGUUCGACUCUAUUCGUAGACUGUACUCGCGUGUUUACCGAUGCCCGAGAAACCUAUAACGCGUAAUACGUUCCCCGAGAGGAGUAUUUAUAACGUCGAUCGUAGUUGAUAUGCUUCGAAAAGUUUGUACGUGACGCGAGUUGUCUCUUGUCUCUUCGGUGGGAUCGCGCACAAUUUCCGGCUCGAUAUCGCGAUCCGACGGUGUGUGCAGACCCACUGGCUUCGGUUCUUUGGACGAUGAGAGCGAUAAACGUUGUGCAUCGAGACGCGAUCAUCGCCGAGAUUUGAUACCGAACGAGACCGUGGUGGUGGCGGUGGUGGCGGUGAAUCGUCCACGUUGCCAGAAAUUCGUCGUAACCGCAGAAUGCAGUCGAACACGAUACUGCGCGAUGUCGUCAGUACCGAGAAGAUGAUGGGAAACAACAACAAUCUGAAUAACAACGGUUCCCCGGGCACAGAUAUAAUGUUCCAGAUGGAAGAUGAUAGUUUGACGCAGUUGGGAAGCGUUUUUCAAUCGGCCUAUCAAUCGAUCGUUGGAGGUAGCGCUCAGUACGGCUCGGAUGAAUUCGGACAGGACUCGCCGAGAUACACCUCUCCCAAAGCUGCGGCUCUCUACGCAGACCCCUACUAUAUCGAUGGAAACGCCGCGGGCACGGGUCCUGGUGAUCCAUGGACGGGGGGCAGCGGCGGCGUCCAGCCCCCGUACAGCGGAUACGCGCCCCCACACCUAGCCCAACCAGCCUACCCCAUGCACCUACCCCACGACCCCAUGGCGUAUUCGGCCAUGUCGCCGAACGGAGAACCGGCGGCUCCGAUUCUGGGCUCGGCGGUGACCAGCGCGGCCUCACUGCCACCAAUGUCCACAUUCCGGGGUAGCGGCGCAGUCGGGGCGAAUACCGGUACCGGUGCACCGUCCCCGGCAUCCUUGCAAUAUAGUCAUAGUCCUGGUGCACCGACCAGCGCGCCAUCCGCCCCCAAUCCUGCCCCCACCACGAACCAGCCACCCGCCACGGGGGACAACCUCGGCAAGACUCUCGCGUCUGUAGUAAGCACAAGAAUUUACCCCACGGACCAAUCAGUAUCGAGUUAUAGCAGCAACCCAUCCACGCCAGUCAGUUCGCCACCACCGUUGACGGGUUCAGCGCCGGGCUGGGCACCAGGUGCUGCACCAGUUUCACCGCAUUUCACCACGGAUCCCAACCGUGGAACCAUUCACAUGCCGGCGCCUGAACAGCAGAGGCUAGACGAUGCCAUCGGCUUCCUUCGCGACCAUGCCGAGUUGGUACAGGGUACGCGGAUGGAGGAACGAUUGGACGACGCCAUAAACGUGUUGAGGAACCACGCGGAGAGCCAAUUGGGCCUUCAUUUGGGUCCCGUUGGCCCACACGGUUCAAUCUACUCCCACACGUCGCCACCUCAACUGGACCACUUGACGAGUCCUCAUCCCGCGGUGACAGUAACGCAGCCACAGGGCUCUUACUCCGGUCUCACGCCCACGCCCGACACAGACGGUUCCAUCAAAAUCGAAAGGUUACCCGUGACGAAUGCCAAAUACGUCUCUUUAGAAAAGAGAAAGGAUCCACCGGAUAGCAGCGGUGGCGAGACGAAACCUUCGAGCAGCGAGUUGGCGGCGGCGGGCGUGAUCGGCGCGGCAACGGUCAAUUCCACGUCCCAGGGGAAGGGGACGAAGAGAUCGCGUAGAUAUUGUUCGAGCGCCGAGGACGAGGAUGAUGAUCCCGAUGUGAAGGCACAAAGGGAGAAAGAGAGGCGGCAGGCGAACAAUGCUAGGGAAAGGAUACGUAUCAGAGACAUCAACGAGGCGUUGAAGGAGCUCGGUAGAAUGUGCAUGACGCAUUUAAAAACGGACAAACCUCAGACGAAGCUGGGUAUCCUCAAUAUGGCUGUCGAAGUGAUCAUGACGUUGGAGCAACAAGUCAGAGAACGAAACCUCAAUCCAAAGGCAGCGUGUUUGAAGAGAAGGGAGGAAGAGAAGGCAGAGGAUGGACCUAAACUACCCGGCCAUCUGGCGGCGCACAUAGCUCAUCCUCAUCCCCACCCACACGCGCACUCUCAACCCCCUUUCUCCGCGAUGCCUGGACCGCCGCCGCCGCUUCAACACAAUCCAUCGCAGCCACAGUAGCAGCGGCUCAGUGGCGGUAUGAUCCUGUGCUAAGGGGUAGAUACGGCUUAAACUUGUCAUAGGAUUUUUUCAAAGUUUUCCAGGACUCGAACAUACAGAUAAGAUCUUUUCCCGAUCGUGCCCGAUCGUACCGAGCCGGAACAACCCUUUCACGAUCGAGAGUAAAUAUUUCCCUUUCUUUCUUUCUUUCUUUCUUUCUUUCGUUCCUCUUCUUUUUAUUGUUUUCAUCAUUAAAAACAAGUUUUACAUCUUUCGAGCACAUUUCGUUUCGUCGAAGAUUAUCGUCGAAAAGAAAUAUUUUUUUUCACCCAUGUUAUUCGUGACGAAAAAAAAUCUUUUCUAUUAAAAAUUUCGGUCUUGAAAGGGUUAUUACGUAUAUAUAUAAAAUAUAUAUAUAUAUUUAUAUAUCGAGAUUCCACUGUUCGAACAAAAUUCCUGUUACGCUAUUGCGAAGAAAACUUGGUUUCUAUUCACCUGACGGUAGAAGAUGUUUCGAAAAAGAAACGGAUGCUGCGUUUCCAUAGAAAGAAACGGAAAAUUGCUCGUACGAGGAGGCGCGUACGUGGAGAUCAUCGGAGGGGAAGGAAAGUUUCUCUGUAUGUUUAUGAAAGAAGAAAGAAGCGUUGUUAGAAGGAAGGAAGAAAACGAUCGCGUGUGCUUUUAAGAGGCAUCUACCCCCCUUCCACUCCCCGAAGGCGGCUUGAAAUUAUUUUUAUAAAUAGCGAGAAAACAAAGGAAUAUGGUUCCUCUCUUUCGAGAUGUAAGAAAACUUUACGUGUAGUACGAUCGAGAUUUUAUCGAGGCGAUCGAUCCCCGCUACCGGUACAAUCCCAUCUCCUCCUCCUCCUCCUCUUCCCUCGUCCUCCCCCUUCCUGCCCCCUCCUCCGUUCUCUUGUUGAAGUUGCCCACUUUUUCUUGCGUAUGUAAUCUAUCGAGAUAUCGUUGCGUUAUGUUGCGUGUAGGGCGGAUAGCUCCAGGAAAGGGGUGUGCACCCUCGACACGGCGGAAAAAGGAAGAAAGAAAGAAAGAAAAAAAAAGAAAAAAAAAAGAAAAGGAACGAAAAGGCGACGACGAGAGAAAACACGUGACAAUGACCGAGGAUGAUCGCAACAUGAACGGCGCGUUUCGCGAGCUCAAUUUCUCGCUCUCGUUGCUCAUCAUGAUCGAUGAUCGAUUCUUUCGGCGUCUUUUUAUUUUUUUAUUUUUUAUUUCUUUUCUCUCUCUCUCUCUAUCUCUCUCUCUCACUCUCUCAUUCUCUCACUCUCUCACUCUCUCACUCUCGCUCUCGCUCAGAUAUUCAGACAUAAUUCGUGUAAAUAUCGCAAAGAUCGCAGACAAAAAAAGGGAAUCGCGAGUUCUUUUACGAUGGUCCUCGGUGAUUGGUGAUAAAAGAAUAAAAACUGUAUAUAUAUAUAUUGAAGAGACGACUGUUUUCGCGAGCGUUCAGUGUGAAUCGAGGUCCCGUGAAAGUUGGUUCUUGGCAAAUUUUCUGUACUUACGCGUGCGAACGAGAUUGAUCGAACGAGAAAGAAUAACGAUUUGACAGAGAAAGAAA